UGCGAAGCUGGUUUUGAUUGGGAAGAACGGGUGCAUGAAAGAUUAUUGGCCUGCGCCGGGGGAAAAAGCUCAGCACGUUUGAAAACCAACCCAACUUCCGAGCCAACUCCACACCCGGCACCUGAGCCCGUGGCAUCAACAAGUCGUCAAGAAAACCAGGGAGAAUGUUGGAUUUGCAAAAGGCCGGCUAUCAGGGAAACUAAGCGUCGGCCAUUGUGUCAGCAGCAUUACAUGAAGAGGAUAAACAAAGAAAUAAAAAAAAAAAAAAGAAGAAGAAAUUGAGGCACGAGGAUUUUGAACGAAGUGCUCAGACCGCUUUUCCAGAAACUUUCGAGGACAAGGACUUUGUUCGAAGCAUUACAAUGCAAUGCGCUGCCUCGACUCAUGCGAAGCUGGUUUUGAUUGGGAAGAACGGGUGCAUGAAAGAUUAUUGGCCUG